GCCUGUACUGAUAAGGUCAUGAGGUCGCUUCUCUCGCAGCCCGCCGUGGGCCCGCAAGCCGAGGAGCCGGAAGAGGAGGCUGGCGUUGAAGGAGGAGAGGGGGAGUUAGCCUUGAGCUCGUGUUAUGAAUCUGCGGCCGAUGAAUUGUUAUCGGACGGCGAUGAUGAACUGGUGGCUACUACUACUACUAAGGGAUUGUACGGUGAAGAAAAUAUAUGGGAACAGAUUUCUGCGAUCCGAACCAUAGUGGGUUAUAAGAAUUCCCGUCGUUCAUCCUACAUUGACGAAAUCAGGGAUCUUUAUGUUUUCACUGGUAUACAGCCACCUCUUUCCUUUAAGGAUUCUUCGGAUUUCAGAGAGAUCGAUGAGAAACUUCAGUGUUUGAAGUCUGUAGUCGGAAUCAAAUAAGGCGAAAAAAAUGCAGAAAUGUGGUGAUAUUUAGGUUCUUUGGAUUGAUCGCGAAGUUUAAAAUUUUUUUUUCUUAUGGAGCAUUCCCUUUUGUUUUUUUUUUUUUGAGUAAGGCGGUCUUCAGAUUUAAACAUGCGCUCUGUUUCAUCUUCAGAAAUAUUUCAUUUGUGUUCUUAUUUUCUCGUUCUUAAUU